AGGAGAGCCAGGUUGGACACCAAACUCUCGCACUUCAAACGUCAUGGCUGAGAGAAUCAUAUUCCUCCGCGUGAUCAAGACAAUCGUGGGGCUACUAGGCAUCUUUGGUAAUGCCUUGGUAUGCUUGGUUAUCUACAAGAUCAAGUCUAUGCAUACAACCACCAAUGCCUUCAUCUUCAACCAAGCGGCUAUUGAUUUCUUGGGUUCGACUAUGCUGCUACUGAGUAGCAACAUUCCUACCCCGUCUCCUGUUCCAGACAACCUGGCUGGUGGCUUUCUCUGUCGACUCUGGAUCUCGAACUUCUUCUUGUGGUCCUUCCUCACCGCCUCCACGCUGAACCUGGUAUCGCUGACUUUUGAGAGGUACGUGGCCAUCGUGUUUCCCUUUAAGCACGGGACCAUCUACGGCGAGGUACCCGUCCGAGUCUUAAUCGCCGCAGCGUGGAUCAUCGGCACGGCGAGUAGCUUCUACGACAUCGCCUUCUACGACGUGGUAGAUGGCACCUGCCAAUCAAUCAGUGUGCCUGGAUCUGAGGCCGUAGGUGUUAUGAUAUUCCUGCUUCAGUAUUUGAUCCCAGUCUGCGCUAUGCUGGUAGCUUACAUCCAUAUUAUUGUAGUACUUAAGCAGAGUGCCUCUCGGGUAGCCCCUCCGCCUGCACGCACCCAAGCCAUGGGUAGUUCCUCGGUCGAGGCGGCAGAUGCAUCGCUCCUUCGCGCUCGUCGCAACACCUUCAAGACGCUCCUGAUCGUCUUCAUCACCUACGUCGUCUGCUGGACUCUCAACUCCAUCAUCUUCUUCAUGUUCAACUUCGGCUAUCCGCUGGACUUCAACGGAGCGCUGUACAUCAUCUCGGUGGCCCUGGUAGCUAUCAAUUCCUGCGCCAACCCGGUCAUCUACGCCGUCAAGUACCGGCAGUUUCGUCGUGGACUCCGCCAGUUGUUGGGUUUGCCUGUCAUCAACGAGGAUGUAAGCACAAGUGGCUCCGGCGCUUGAGUCGAUGUACAGAUACAUGCAAGAAACAUGUAAAAGUCUUGCCAACCUCAAAAACAAGACUUGAGAGCCAUUGUUACCUGGAACAACUCCUCAAAUUGGCCUGAAGGGAACAACUUUUCCAAUUGUAUUUUACUUCGAAAAUAGCCAUCUCUCAAUUUCUAUAUUGUGAUGGAGACAUCAAAAAUAGUCGCAAGAGGAACUGACUAAAGACAAGGUAGUUGAACGCAAAUAUCGAUUGCAUUUAUACCAUAACGACUCGGAGGUUUAUAUUUUUGCUAACACCUUUGUUGUAGGGAUUUGAUUCUCCAAAUUCAGGAAAAUGCAAGAAGAAAAUUGUUAAUUUACGGAAUCUGAGGCCAACACAUUGAAUAGACGAGCACGAUAUUUUUUUCACCAUUUGCUAACUGAAAAAGAAUCUUGCAUUAUCGUGUUUGUGAACAGUGAUAGAUGCUGCACUCAAAAUAUUACCUCCACACUAUGACACUAAAGUGAUUGCUAAAGCUUUUGACAACUUGAUCAAUGAUCCAAUGACGGCCAUUGCCAUUAUACUCAUGCAGAUGCAUUUUUAAUGCAAACUCUGUAUCUAAAAGUAAUGCAUUUUCUCACCCUUCGUUAUCUUAAGCAGCCCGAAUGCAUUUUGAUCAUUUUUAAUAGUAUAAAUCAAGCAUUCCUAUCCUU